CCAAGCGUUCGAACUUAUAUAUUUUGGAGUCAAAUGCCCUUGCUAUCAUCUCUCAAUUCCGCUCUUUUUUUCUUACCCUCAAAACAAUUUCCCAAAAGAGCAAUCUUUUCUUGCUCUAUACAAAAACCAUCACCCAAAAACAUGUCAUCUCCACCUGAUCAGACAAACUCCACUCAUCAAAAUGACCCUUUAACCCUUCAAAACUACCCAACACCACUCUCCCCUCCCUUGCCCUCUAUUUCAAAGAACAUAGAGCUGGCUAGAGCAUUGUCUGCCUCUUCAAGAUCAAGUCUUUUUAGUUUGUCAAGAAGUGAUGUCUUGUAUGAAGAUCAGUGGCUUAUUGCUGUUAAUAAGCCUCAAGGAGUUUACUGUGAGACCAUGUUGGAAUCUGUUCCAAGUGUUCUUGAGUUUAGUGAUCUUAAUGAUGGAACUGAAGCCAGUCCUCCAGAGCUUCAUCUUGCUAAUAGGCUUGAUCGCGAUACGAGUGGUGUAAUGGUUAUAACAAAGUCACAUAAAGUAGCUGCUAAGCUUGUAAAGGCAUUUACAGAGCACAAGAUUAAGAAAACCUAUAUUGCUCUAUGCGUUGGUUCAGCUCCAAAAUGGGGAAGGAUCAGACUUAAAUCUGGUCAUGGUCGUUCAAAAUUUGGAGCCUGGCGUGUAUAUGCUGCAUCAGAUGUGGGUCGGACGCUUCCAGGUGGAUCCACAGUUAAAGACAUGGAAACUUCAUUUGAAGUUUUAUCAGUGAAUGGACAAGGGAGUUUCAGAGAGUUGCCGAAAUUUGAUAAAGACGAAAGUAUUAUAGUAGUUGAAGAAAAAGCCGUAAAAGAUGUUGAUACUAGUAUGGUUGAGAUUUUGGUUAGAGCAUUUCCUAGGAGUGGAAGAACACAUCAAAUCCGAUUGCAUUGUCAGUAUCUUGGAAUUUCUAUAAGAGGGGAUGUGAAAUAUGAGGGUGUAUAUGAGUGGAAAGGGAAAGUAUAUGAUGGCCAUGACUUGCACGCUGAGAGCUUAUCUUUUGAACAUCCAAUUACUGGUGCACCGGUUAUGUUCUGUGCACCUCUACCUUCAUGGGCUGUCCAGGUGUCACAGUCAUUAUGACACUAAAAUGCUUUCCUUUAAAGUCAUUCUGGAAAUAGUGGCUGUUGAAGGUCUGCUGACAAUCUUAUAAGGCCGUCUUAUAGUAUUGUUUUGAUUCUUUGUCGGAGUUGCAAAAGCAAUUAUGCAUCGGCAAGAUAGCUGAUAGAAAUUGUUGAGAGAGAUAUCAGUGGUCUUUUUGCCGGAGUUGCAUUAUCUUUAUUACACCGAGAGGAACACAAGGAAUUGUCAUCGAUCUACUUAGUAUUCAGUAACCAAGCAUCUAUUAUGUGGGUAGAAGCUGUCGAAGUUGUUCACUGAAAAUUCAGGUGAUGAUUUCAGCUAAAGGUUCCUUCACAAAAAUCUUUCUCAAUUUUUGGAAAAAUAUUACUUUUUAUGUCCGGAAUCAUAACAUCUGGAGGUUUUUAAUGAUCAGAAAAGCAUGGGACAAAUGGGCUGUGGAAAACUUUUUUGUUAUGGAUAGUUACAACAAUUAUGUCAUAUGCAUUUUAUAAAGCGGACAGAAUUGUUUUUUAUUCAUCAUUUCUACAUAUAUGAAGAGGUCAAACUCCGAUAAAACUCAACUUGUAUGGCAGAUAAACCCUUGUGGUAUCGUAGUCGAGAAGUCCUUACGCUUUAUUGAUCUUCAUUUUUGAACUUGAUAAUCUGACAGGAAUGGUGUAAUUAGCAGUAGUAGGUUUGGCAGUUUAUCUGUAGAGUUUAGAGAUUCAAAUUUCAAGCGUGUAAAAGAUAAAGAAUGCCGUGGCAGGUUUAUCUUUAUAACAUUUUUAAAUUGACCACUAUGUUAUUAGUUUUUAUGUAUGCAUCAAACAAUAAUAAACAAAGAAUUGAAUGCUUUGAUUUUGAA